UUUCUCUAAACCAUUUCUUCCUCCGACAAAAAACCAUCCAAUCCUCUGCCCCAACAUUCACCAUUUCCAUAAUAUUUCUCCUUCUCCCUCCCUACCACCACCCUCAUUGACUCUUAAGUCUUUUCAUAUGUUACGUGCCAUCAUAAUUUCUUGAUUUUUUCCUGCAUUGAUUCUUGAAAUUCAAGAAAAUAAAAUGAUCGGAGAGAAUUAUUAUAACGCGUAUCGUUUUCUCUCUGUAUCCACCAUUGUUGUUGUUGUGAUCUUUGUUUCGAGUUUUCAAAUCCAACUCGUUUCUUGUCAAGCAGUUAAUGGAAAUAUCAGAAAUCCAGCUGCGGAACAGCUUUUUUCGCAGUUGGUUUUUAAGAGUUUUUCGAAUUUCACUGCCAGUUUCAAGAAAGACAUUUCCAAAUACUUCGCUUUCUGCAUAACGGACGUGGAUUCAGAUUGGGAUAUGGCAUUCAAUUUCUCCGGAAAUACAGCAUUCCUAUCCAAUUGUGCCAGGAAAACCAAAGGAGAUAUGAUUCAAAGAAUAUGCACAGCAGCAGAAAUAAAAUUCUACUUCAAUAGUUUCUUUUCUAAAGGAUCAAGAAGUACUCAUUAUUUACAGCCCAACAAAAACUGUAACUUGAGCUCAUGGGUCUCUGGGUGUGAGCCAGGAUGGUCCUGUAGUGUGGGUCAUGGUCAAAAAGUUGACCUUAAUAAUACAGAAAAAAUUCCUUCAAGAACUUCUGAUUGUGCUCCUUGUUGUGAAGGUUUCUUCUGCCCUCAUGGUCUUACUUGCAUGAUACCAUGUCCGCUAGGUUCUUACUGUCCGGCUUCGAAACUGAAUAAGACCACCGGAAUUUGUGACCCAUACAAUUAUCAACUUCCUGCUGGCAAACCAAAUCAUACUUGCGGCGGAGCUGAUGUUUGGGCUGAUAUUUUGAGUACCAGAGAGGUAUUUUGUCCGCCAGGAUCGUUCUGUCCUUCCGUUGUUCAGAAGAUUCCUUGCAGUAGUGGAUUCUACUGCAGGACUGGUUCCACAUCUCAAGCAGGUUGUUUUAAGUUGGCAAAAUGUGAACCGCAAUCAGCAAAUCAAAACAUUACAGCAUAUGGUAUCUUGAUUUUUGCUGGAUUGAGUUUUCUGCUUAUCAUAAUCUACAACUGUUCUGAUCAAGUUCUUGCAACUCGAGAGAAGCGACAGGCAAAAACUCGAGAAAAGGCGGUUCAGAGUGUAAGAGAAACAGCGCAAGCUCGAGAAAAAUGGAAAUCUGCAAAAGAUAUUGCCAAGAAACAUGCAAUUGGAUUGCAGACUCAAUUAUCAAGAACAUUUUCUCGGACGAAAUCAAGAAUGCACCACGAAACUCGAGGUACAGGUCAAGCUAAACCAGGAUCUGAUGCUGCAUUACCACCAUUGUCCGGAACUAGUUCCGAUAAAGGAAAGAAAAAGGGAAAGCCAAACCUUACGCAAAUGCUGCACGAAAUUGAAGAUGAUCCGGAUAAUACCGAAGGAUUCAAUCUUGAAAUUGGAGAUAAAAAUAUCAAAAAACAUGCCCCAAAAGGUAAGCAAUUACAUACUCAGAGCCAAAUGUUCAGGUAUGCAUAUGGUCAGAUUGAGAAGGAAAAAGCUCAGCAGGAGCAAAACAAGAAUUUGACAUUUUCUGGUGUAAUUUCAAUGGCUAAUGAUAUUGAUAUCAGAAAGAGACCGACGAUUGAGAUUGCGUUUCGAGACUUAACCCUCACUUUAAAACAUAAAAACAAACAUCUGUUGAGGUGUGUGACCGGAAAAUUGUCGCCGGGACGAGUUUCUGCUGUUAUGGGCCCAUCUGGGGCUGGAAAAACAACAUUUCUAUCAGCUUUGACAGGAAAAACAUCUGGAUGCUUAAUUACGGGUAUGGUUCUUGUAAAUGGUAAGUCGGAACCAAUCCAAGCUUACAAGAAAAUCAUUGGCUAUGUUCCUCAAGAUGAUAUUGUGCAUGGAAAUUUAACUGUGGAGGAAAAUCUCUGGUUCAGUGCAAGAUGCAGACUCUCUGCUGAUCUACCUAAACCAGAAAAGGUUCUAGUUGUUGAAAGAGUAAUAGAAGCUUUAGGGCUGCAGUUAGUUAGGGAUUCUCUAGUUGGUACAGUGGAGAAAAGAGGAAUUUCAGGAGGUCAAAGAAAAAGAGUCAAUGUAGGACUUGAGAUGGUAAUGGAACCUUCACUUCUUAUUUUAGAUGAACCCACUUCUGGUUUGGACAGCUCAUCUUCCCUCUUGCUACUUCGAGCUCUCCGCCGCGAAGCCCUCGAGGGCGUAAACAUCUGCAUGGUUGUUCAUCAACCUAGCUAUACAUUGUUCAGGAUGUUUGAUGAUUUGAUACUUCUAGCAAAGGGUGGCUUGACAGUAUAUCACGGGCCGGUAAAGAAAGUGGAAGAGUACUUUUCGGGUCUAGGGAUUAUUGUUCCGGAGCGAGCAAAUCCUCCGGAUUACUUCAUUGACAUUUUGGAAGGGAUAGUGAAACCAAGUGCAGGAGUAAACUAUAAACAGUUUCCUAUUCGAUGGAUGCUUCAUAAUGGAUAUCCUGUUCCGAUGGAUAUGCUGCAGAAUGCUGAUCCUGUCGAAGCAUCGACUAGUGAUUCGGCUCAUGGACCCCGAGAGAGUGAUGCUGCUUCCGAAUCGCAAUCUUUUGCUGGAGACUUUUGGCAGGAUAUGAAAUCAAAUGUUGAGACAAAGAAAGAUCACAUAAAUAACAAUUUCUUAUCCUCGAAUGACUUGUCGAAUCGGAGAACUCCUGAUGUGUUUCAACAGUAUAGAUAUUUCUUGGGGAGGCUUGGCAAACAGAGACUAAGAGAAGCAAGAACACAGGCUGUAGAUUAUUUGAUUUUAUUACUUGCCGGAAUCUGCUUAGGAACUUUAGCUAAAGUUAGCGAUGAAACUUUCGGAGUGCUUGGUUAUACGUACACUGUCAUUGCAGUCUCUCUUCUAUGCAAGAUUGCGGCUUUAAGAUCAUUUUCUUUAGACAAACUACAUUAUUGGAGAGAAAGCGCUUCCGGUAUGAGCAGCUUAGCUUAUUUUCUUGCAAAGGAUACAGUUGAUCAUUUCAACACUUUUGUCAAGCCACUUGUGUAUCUCUCAAUGUUCUACUUCUUCAACAACCCGAGAUCGACUGUAACGGAUAAUUAUAUCGUUCUAAUCUGUCUUGUUUAUUGCGUGACGGGGAUGGCUUAUGCAAUAGCUCUUUUCUUAGCACCUGGUCCUGCACAAUUGUGGUCAGUGCUUCUUCCGGUCGUUUUGACGUUAAUAGCAACCCGAAGUGAAGAUAGCAAGUUUGUUUCGCGGCUAGCUGACUUGACUUACACGAAAUGGGCAUUGGAAGCAUUUGUUAUAUCAAAUGCUAAAAGAUAUUAUGGAGUAUGGCUGAUAACGCGGUGUGGUUCGCUCAUGCAAAACGGGUACAAGCUAAGUAACUGGUAUCGCUGUUUAGUGUUCCUGCUUGCUUUCGGGUCAGUGAGUCGGGUGAUAGCGUACGUUGUUAUGAUCAUGUUCCAUAAGAAGUAAAUGCAGGCAUUGUUUGUGUGUGGUAAAUACCCUUUCUGUACAAAGAAUUAGAAAAGAUGAACAAAAAAGAUCAUAGUCUGUGCUCUUAAGUGCUACAAAUUUAUAAGUGAAGAAGAAUAGAUGUAAAGAGAAAUUGAAUAAGUUUCAUUUCUGUAUGAUAGUUUAUGUAAAGGGAUCUACAUUUCAUCCUUUUCUAUUUGUUACCAAGACUUGUUCAACAGUGCACAUACAACUACAAAUUUCAAUUAA